GUGCCAUGGCCGCUCCCUGCUACCUGGGCUGGGAUUUCAGCACACAGCAGUUGAAAGUCAUUGCUAUUGAUGAACAGCUGAGGGUCAUUUAUGAGGAUAAUGUUCAUUUUGAUAAGGACCUUCCAGAAUUUAAGACUCAAGGUGGAGUCUACAUUCACAGUGACAGACUGACAGUCACUUCACCAGUGCUUAUGUGGGUCAAGGCUCUGGAUGUGAUCUUGGAAAAGAUGAAGUCUUCAGGCUUUGACUUCUCUCAAGUCAGAGCAAUGUCUGGUGCUGGCCAGCAACAUGGGAGUGUGUACUGGAAAAAAGGAAGCAUCCAGAUUUUAAAGAAUGCAUCAUCUGAACUGCCUUUACAUCAAUCACUAAAGGGCUGUUUUUCAGUCAGUGACAGUCCCAUCUGGAUGGAUUCCAGCACAGCCUCCCAGUGCAGAGCCCUGGAGAAAGCCCUGGGGGGAGCCCAGCACCUGGCCAGUGUCACUGGCUCCAGGGCCUAUGAGCGUUUUACAGGAAACCAGAUAGCAAAGAUUUACAGCCAGAAUCCUGAGGUCUACAAGCAAACUGAGAGAAUCUCUUUGGUCAGUAGCUUUGCAGCUUCCCUUUUCCUAGGAGCUUAUGCACCCAUUGAUUACAGUGAUGGUUCUGGUAUGAACUUGCUGCAGAUUUGGGAAAAGGCAUGGUCAAAGCCCUGCCUUGAUGCUUGUGCCCCUGGAUUAGAGGAGAGACUAGGAUGCCCUGUCCCAUCCCACUCAGUCCUGGGGCCCAUUUCUCCAUAUUAUAGUCAACGUUAUGGGUUUAGCCCAGACUGUAAAAUAGUAGCAUUUACAGGAGACAAUCCAGCAUCACUGGCAGGGAUGAGACUUCAAGAAGGAGACAUUGCAAUUAGCCUUGGCACAAGUGACACAUUGUUCCUGUGGAUCCAAGAGCCAACUCCUGCCUUAGAAGGUCAUAUUCUCUGCAAUCCUGUUGAUUCUCAAACAUAUAUGGCCCUUUUAUGUUUUAAGAAUGGCUCUCUGAUGAGAGAGAGGAUCAGAGAUGAGUGUGCUUCAGGCUCCUGGGAUGAAUUCUCCAAAGCCUUAUCAUCAACUGAUGCUGGAAACAGUGGAAACUUGGGUUUCUACUUUGAUGUGAUGGAAAUUACUCCUGAAGCAGUUGGGGUUCACAGAUUCAACAGAGACAACCAAAAGGUUCCAAGGUUUCCAAAGGAGGUAGAAAUACGAGCACUGAUUGAAGGGCAGUUCAUGGCCAAGAGGAUUCAUGCUGAAAAGCUGGGAUACAAAGUCUUGCCUAGAACGAGGAUUUUGGCUACUGGUGGCGCAUCCCACAAUAAAAAGAUCUUACAGGUCCUGUCCGACGUGUUCAACGCGCCCGUGUUCACCAUCGACACGGCCAACUCUGCUUGUCUGGGAAGUGCUUACAGAGCAAUCCAUGGACUUGUAGCUGAGAGGAAUGUGCCCUUGGCUGAUGUUGUGAAAUUAGCACCAGAGCCCAGAUUGGCUGUUACACCCACCCCAGGGGCUGAGGAGCUCUAUCGUCCACUUCUGAAAAGAUAUGCUGAGCUUGAACAGAAGGUUAUCUACAACCCAGCCUCUUCUUGUCUUGUGAAAUAGAAGCAAAUAAAAUUUAUAUGUUGUCUGAGCAGACUCCCAAGGAGAAGAUCAGAAGAGAUUUGCUCAGAAUUUACUGGAGCUGUUUAAAUCAUUUCGUUCCUCUUUGUAGACAAAUAAUUUUUAAAUGUCUGUGUUUGAGUGUGUUGGUGGGGAAAAAAUUACAUUGUGAUUGAAAACCUGAUUUAAAAAGCA